AGAUAUAAAAAUGUAAUUUCAAAUAAAAGCCCAGGAUUACAACUUUAAGACAAAUCAGGUAUGCAAACUGGCAUGCGUGGGAUAGAGUAAAAACAUAUGUGAAUAGCUCCGGAUGUUAGGAAACAAUGAAGAAAUGUGAUUUCAUCAUGCAUCAUUACUCUGUGAUGUUAAAAAUAGAUUGUCUGAGUUAAAAUUGACUGACAACGGCAACCAGACGAAUGAUGAAUCACCUAGAUGUAUGUAAUGAUAACAACACACAUUUGAUAUGUAAAGUUUUGAUAUUUAAGAAGAAGGCAGGGUUUUUAUUAACAACUUAUUAACCCUUACAGAUACACAUUUUAUUAGUUUUCAGAGAAAACGUGUUUUUUUAUUCCCAAAACAUGUUGUGAAAUGGCCACUGCAGUAUAAAAAAACAAUGACUGUCAUUGCUUCAGGGGGCAAGUCCCUAUUAGGAAUAUUUCUCCUUCUAAGUGUUUUAUGUCUUAGAAAAGGGGAAGAGAUCUUGAGUCAUUUAGCAUGAGUCACAGUAUGAGCUUCCCCGGAAAGCAUAGCCAGCUAUCUCAUUGUUUAGCGCACAGCGCAUGUGCCAGUUUGCCCGAGGCCAGGCCCCCCUCAGCCAAUCACAGACUCGUCACUAUAAAGCGAGGAACACUAACAGGCACACGACAGCAAGUGCUUAGCAAGCCUGGCGAAGCUCUACAUCACAAGCGAGCAAACAAAUCAACUGCAUAUUAUCAAAAAGGAUCUCCAAAAAAGGAAAACGUUGGUUUGUGGUCAAGAUGAAGUGUCUACUCAGAAUAUUACUGUUGACAUGCGCCCUGUGCUUUACUGAAGCAGAUAGAAACGCUUGGAGAAAAAACACUUCUGCUGAAGAAAAAGAUAAGUGCAUACUUGAUGAAAGCGAGGGGAGCAUAAACGAAAUGACAGUGACAGUCAGUGGACGGAUAUGUCUACCAUGGAAUAAAUUACCAAGCCGUUCCGCCUCCUAUAAGAACUGCCAUCAUAACUACUGCAGGAAUCCAGAUAACAAGAUUCAGCCAUGGUGCUUUGUAAGGAGAAAAAAACGUUAUAUUAAAGAAUACUGUGACAUUGAGAACAGAAACAUGAAACCAACAGCCACAGAGAGUCCACCAACAUCUGACCCAUCUACGCAGGACACAGAAUCAACGUGUGGGGAGAGAAACUUGGACCGCAAUAGAAAGAUAAUAGGAGGAUCAAGGUCAACCGUUAAGUCACAGCCUUGGAUUGCAGCUAUCUUCAAAGGAGAUGGAUUUGUUUGUGGAGGAACCCUUAUUGCUCCAUGCUGGGUCCUCACCGCAGCCCACUGCUUCCCUAACGAUAAAAGAACAAGUAUAAGGAGAUACUCCGUCUUUCUGGGAAAGAAUGCCAUCAAUGAAACCGACUCUGUCAAAGAGCAGAACUUCACCGUGAGCGAACUUAUAGUCCACGAGGACUUUGACUACACAACUGAGAACUAUAAUAACGACAUUGCUCUUUUGAAGAUAGUGAACAGCAAUGGACAAUGUGCAGAGAGGACAGAAUCUGUGAGAACCGCAUGUCUUCCCCCUUUCCGGCACAUGCUUCCCACGGGAUACUACUGUGAAAUUGCAGGCUAUGGAAGACAUCAGAUCGGUGGCUUUGAGUACUCUCGAUAUCUGAAACAGGCUCAAGUAGAGCUUUUUUCCCAGAAUGAUUGUCAGAAGUAUUACAGCAAGGAUGAGGUCACUGAAAACAUGGUGUGCGCAGCUGGUAGAGACUGGGAGGACGAUGCUUGCCAGGGUGACUCAGGAGGGCCUCUGGUGUGUGAAGUAGAUAACGCCAUGUUCCUAUUCGGUAUCAUUAGCUGGGGAAAAGAGUGUUCAAAAAAGUUUAACCCAGGAGUUUACACAAAAGUUACUAACUACAACCGUUGGAUCUCACAGCAUACUAGUUUACCCAAAUAUACAGCAGGCUCCAGGUAUCCACAAAAGGAUUAAUUAUGACAGGGUCACUUUAUAAUACAGGGUCACAGAUGCUUAGCCACUCAGGGUAAUGUUAUAUUCUGUGCAGAAUAUGUGCCAAUUAUUUAUGCCAUUUAGAUUGUACGGCAGCUACUGCAAUCAAUAGGAAUCUUUGACAAUGUUAUAAUAACAUGUUCCUGCUUUUAUUGAAUAGUGAUACCAGUGUUUAGAUGUAUGAAGGAUACACUGAAUGAGGACUGAACAAGUUGAUCUAAAAUUACUGAUAUUUAUGACAUGGACAUUGGUCCAGUUUGUGGCAAUAACUAUAUAUAUAACUAUGUAUAUAUAAAGAAGGAAUAGUGUUCCAGAAAGUUAGAUUUUCUUAAUUUUGGAUAGGGCAUUAUGUCUUUUAUUCAUUCUUUUUACUUUUUAUAAUACAUUAUUUAAUUUAUUGCAAGAAUGUAUGUAUGACACAUGUAUUUAUUUGUAUUCUUUUUUUUACAUAGAUAGCGCUGAAUGUAAAACAGUCAUUUAUUUUAUUACAAAAAUUUCUGUUUAUAUGACACA